ACACCACUAGUAUUACAAACACAGGCAGCAGCAGUUUAUUUUAGCUACCGCAGCGCCUUUAACUCAAAACUAAAUAAGUUUCGCAUUAAUUUUGCGCUUGGAACGCCGCGUAACAAAGCUAGUACACUAAUGUCCAUAACCUUACUGCGAGGUGGCAAGCAAAAGACAACCACUUGCGUAGGAAUGACCGUAAUGGCCAAGACUACGAUCGAAGAAAUAUGCGAGAAUGCCAAAUUAGCGCGGGACAUGGCUCUGACGGGCAACUACGACUCGGCGUGCAUCUACUAUGAGGGCCUCCAGGGGCUGCUCGCCCGCCAGCUUAAGGCCACUGCGGAUCCGCUGCGUAAGGGCAAGUGGAGCAUGAUCAACCAGCAAAUCAGCCAAGAACACGCCAAGAUCAAGGCCAUCCAGCGCACGCUACAAGACAUCUCGCUGGACCUGCAGAGCACCAAAUUCGCCCACAAGCUCCGCCACCAGCUUAGCGAGGAGAGCACCACCAGUAAAGAUCCAUCCGCCUGGUUUAAACCGGACCCCGACAUUUGGACGCCACCGCCCAAGGAUCCCGAUGUGUGGGGUCCGCCGAAACCACCACCCACCACCCAGGCCGUGGGACGGCGUGCCGCACCGAACAAUCGCCGCACCGCUCCGGCCACUCAGAACAGCCGCCCCAACAGCACAAUCCCACAGAGCACUGCCCGGAAUGGUGCGGCCUCGACACGCAACUCCCGCAACUCGGCGUCUGCCGCAGCACCGAACAGUGGAGCACGCACCUCCAACGGACGUGUGGGCGGACGCAAGCUGUCCACAUCGAACAACACCAACGAGGCUAGAGACGACGACUCCACUGCUGCAGGCAGCAAUGGCGGUGGAGCCGCCGGCGAAGGGGAGAACGGGGAUCAGCAGGCUGCCCAGGAGGAGGAGCGCAAGUUCCAGCCCAACAACCACAUCGAAGCCGAGCUAGUCGACAUUCUUGAACGUGAUAUUCUUCAAAAGGAUCCCAAAGUGCGCUGGAACGACAUUGCCGACCUGCACGACGCCAAGCGGCUGCUGGAGGAGGCCGUUGUGCUGCCCAUGCUCAUGCCGGACUACUUCAAGGGAAUUCGGCGACCCUGGAAGGGAGUUCUGAUGGUGGGACCCCCCGGUACAGGCAAGACAAUGCUCGCCAAGGCGGUGGCCACCGAAUGCGGGACGACCUUCUUCAACGUGAGCUCGGCGACCCUCACAUCCAAGUACCGCGGUGAAUCAGAGAAGAUGGUGCGCCUGCUGUUUGAGAUGGCGCGUUUCUAUGCGCCCAGCACAAUCUUCAUCGAUGAGAUCGAUUCCCUGUGCUCCCGUCGAGGAUCGGAGUCGGAGCACGAGGCCUCGCGCCGCGUCAAGUCCGAGCUGCUAGUCCAAAUGGACGGUGUGGGUGGCGGAGAGGAACAAGCCAAGGUGGUGAUGGUGCUGGCUGCUACCAACUUUCCCUGGGACAUCGAUGAAGCGCUGCGACGCCGGCUGGAGAAGCGCAUUUACAUCCCACUGCCAUCGGACGAAGGACGCGAGGCGCUGCUAAAGAUCAAUCUGCGCGAGGUCAAGGUGGACGAUAGCGUUGAUCUUACUUACGUAGCCAACGAGCUAAAGGGAUAUUCCGGAGCUGACAUUACAAACGUGUGCAGGGAAGCCAGCAUGAUGUCCAUGCGGCGGAAGAUCGCCGGGUUGACUCCAGAGCAGAUCCGACAGUUGGCCACCGAGGAGGUGGACCUGCCCGUGUCCAACAAGGACUUCAACGAGGCCAUGAGUCGCUGCAACAAGAGCGUGUCCCGGGCGGACCUGGACAAAUAUGAGAAGUGGAUGAAGGAGUUCGGCUCGUCAUGAUGGCGUUGCCCACGCGAAUGGCUAGCAGUUGUAGGAAUAUAUUUUUGAAUAGCCCCUAGAUAUGCGCUUAAGUCUUUAAGCUUUUAAAGUGAGAACCGAGCCGAUCCAAGUCGAACGGAAGAGUUGAACAUAUUUUAUAUAUAACAUUUUGCAUAUACGAUACAAUCAAUCUAUAUAUUUACAUAUAUAUAUUGAACCGGAGGCCGUUGGAAUUCUAAAAGACUAACCGCUCUCAAAGAGAAAACAAACACAAAUGCAAAACUGAAAUUGAAUCGAAGUCGAGAUAUGUAUAGGCAAUAACAAACAAACCCACACACUCCAUCAAGCACAAUCCUUCCAACUAAUCGUUAAUCCACAAUCACACUCUAUAUGCAAUAAGGAAACGCUUUAAUCGCCGCCUAGCCUUGGCCCCACACUCCCACGAUAUGCACACUCCAAAUCGUUUCAUUUUUUUAUCCAAAAAAUUUAUUUUUAACAAGAAAUGUUCACUGUCUAAUAUUAAUGUUAAUUUUCGCUUAACUUAUACAUAUACAUAUAUCAUAGUUUAGUGCAGGCAGAGAUGUAGAGCACCUCAAACGUUAAUUUUAAAGCAGGCAAAACGUUCCCUCUGAUUUGCAAUUAACCCACUGUAAUCAGAAGAAGAAACUGAAGCAAUAUGUACUUAAAGUGAGGAUUCUGAAAUUUUAAACAAUAAACACAGUUUUUAACUAUA